AUGGGCUCGUUUAUGGAGGAUCUCUGGUCUAGCAUCUUUACCCCGGGUCCCACCCCCUCCCUCCUCAUCGCGACCAACGUCACCUUCGCCGCCCUCCAGGCUCUCCUCUUCGCCCUCCUGCUAGCCACCUAUAGCAUCCACUUUUUUGUUUUGUCUAUCUUGUCUGGCGCCCUAUGGUGGUCCAUCAACUGGUUCGCUCAGGAGCUGAGGCAGGUGCAAGCUCAGGAAGCGGAGAAAAGGAAACAAUCGGAGGAGGAGCCUGCAGAGAGCCAAGCCAAGUCAGACGGCAGUCGGAAAACCCCGGCGACUCUCGACAGUGCCGGGAGUGAUACGGAAACAGAGCUUCUGACGGAGCACAAGGGUGCUGCUGCCACCGCUUCCGCUCCUCGGUCCCUCGCCGCAUCGGCAACUCUUCGGCCACCUGAGGAACAAGGCGAAAUUCGAAAGCGUCUGAGCGUUAGCGGCGAGAGCUCCGGUUACCAAAGUACCGAUAGCGAGUGGGAGAAG